AUGUAUAAAGUUGAAGUUAAAAAUGGGAAGAAGACUUCUUUUUGGUUUGAGAACUGGUCAUCAAUGGGAUGCUUGAAGGAUAUUUUGAGUGAUGGUAGCCGGAUUGAUUUGGGGAUCCUUUCUACUGCGACAGUUGAGGAGAGUUGGAGUCAUAGGCGAAGAUCUCACCGUGUACUGAUUCUAAAUAAAGUGGAAGAUGAAAUAGAGAGAAGUAGAAGAAGUAGAGUGAACGAAGAGGAUGUUUCACUAUGGAUGAAUGGGAAAAGUCAGAGUAAAAAGAUCUUCUCCUCAAAGGAAACUUGGGAGUACAUAAGAGUGAAACAUCAGCUUUGUAACUGGCAUCAUGCAGUGUGGUUCAAGUAUUCAACGCCAAAGUAUUCAUUCAUUCUUUGGACGGCGAUGAAAGGCAGACUUGCAACAGGAGAGCGGAUGAGAAGUUGGAGUGGAAAUACAAAUGUGGCGUGUGUGCUUUGCAGUGAACCGUUGGAAACACUCGAACAUCUUUUCUUCGAGUGUGACUACUCUAGUCUGAUAUGGGAAGCUCUUAUGAAAGGUAUAUUGAAGGAUCAGUUCACGGUGAAGUGGGGAGAGUUAAUCAGAAUGAUGAGAGACUUGACACGAGGCAGAUUGUAUUUGUUCAUCUUGAAGUAUAUGUUUCAGGCUGCUGUAUACAUGUUAUGGAGGGAGCGUAAUCGAAGAAGGCAUGGGGAAGUGGGAGUCCCUGCUGCUCUUCUAGUGAAGCUACUUGAUAAGAAUAUGAGGAACAAAUUCACUUUGAUUCAGAGGAAGGGAGAUAGCGAGAUAGGGAGAGGAAUGCAGUACUGGUUUCAAAAAUAG